UCUUUCCCUCCUCUCUUUUUUCCCCCGUCUUAUUAUACCCAACCGCGAUUUCCCCCAAAACCCACAAAAAAAACAAAGAACCCAUCUCCAUUUUCCUGUUUGCAUCUCCAAUUCCAUCAGAAACUCUCUAAUUGCGGUCCAAAUGGCGGGUGGAAGACUAAGGAAAAGGGUGGAGGUGGAGAAGAAUUCUUCUUCUUCUUCUACGUCUCCUGCUGCUGGUGGCAAGAGCAACACUACAGCAUCUUCUUCUACCCUCCUCCGGGCUAAAGAUGGCAGCGCUUUUACGAAAUGUGGGGAAUGCAACAAGGAUGUUGCCGUAGCGCUGAUUAGCAUGCAUGACUGUAGCACUGAAGCUAAAAUCAAGAUGAAUCUAGAGGCUCAGGUUGUGGAGAAGGCUGCUGAAUUGAAGAAAAAACCAGCUGAAAAAAGGAAGGCCAAAGCUGCUGAACCAAAGGCAAAGAAGGGAAAGAAAGCCAAGAAUCCAAAUGCACUAAAACGCCCUCCUACUGCUUUCUUCAUUUUCAUGGAUGACUUCAGGAAAUCUUUCAAGGAGGCAAAUCCUGAUUGCAAGAGUGUCUCAGUGGUGGCCAAAGAGGGUGGCGAGAAAUGGAAGUCAAUGACUGAAGAAGAGAAACAACCUUAUGUGGACAGAGCUGCAGAGCUGAAAGCUGAAUAUGAGAGGGCCUUGGAAUCUAAUGGUGAUGAUGCUGAAAAUGAAGAUGGUGAAGAAAAUUCAGCUGAGAAGGAAGUUGAGGAGAUUGUAGUUGAUGAUGAUGAAUAGUGUUCCGCCUUGCAAACUCUGCUAUGCCCUUUUGUAGUUUCUCUUACAAUAGUUCUGUCUUGUAAAUUUUUGUCCCUGUUAGUCAACUGGGUUCUGGUUAGGUAUCAAAUAGUUCUGAAUGGCAGGGAAGUUUCUGUCUUUUUUGCUUCAAAUUGUUAGGCUCUAUGCACCAUUUGGAUUCUGCUUAUGCUACUAUUGGAAUCCAGAAAUGGCAAAUUACUGUGCUAAUUAUAUGGA